UUGCGCUGCUGAAAGGAACACGUUCGGCGGUGGUUCGUGACAGGAAUAAGCAGGCAGCGGAGCCCGACAUCGUCGCUUCCUUGCAGCCGUUUCUCUAUGACGCAACCUUGGGAGCCUUGCGGUUGCGGCGAGCGAGCGGGUUUCCUGACUGGACUUCGUGCAGAAGGUAACGAGAAUGCGGGCAUCCAGUGUGUAAUGAAAGCUGCGGGAUGCACGACCAGAGCCUUCAGAAUGCAGAAGCAUCGAGUCUUGAGUACAUCUUUUUAGAUGUCAAGCGAGGAUCUUUUGGACGGCAUACGGAAACCGCACAGUGGUGGCAUGGGCGGGCCUCCAUUUCCUUCCGGCUGUCGUCAUGGUGAUGCUGCUGCUGGUGGUCCUCGGGAGUGACGGGUGCUGGUCCUUGGUGCUGGAGCCGCUGCAGUCCUUGUCGCCACGCGAGCGCCAGGAGACGAUCACGCACGAAGAGCGGACCACGCGUGGCCGAGGCGGCGGCGGCGACAUGAUGGAAGACGACGACGAAGAGGACAGGGACCGGCCCUCGACCACGGUCGUCUCGUCGACCCGGCGUCGGGUCGUCAUCCCUGGUCACGACGAUGGCGACUAUCGCGGCCAGCGUCGCCGUGGAGGAGGCAGGAACUGGUACCUCGUCCUGCCCGCGGACGCCCUCGAUCCGCUGGCCAUCGCUCGGCCACUGGUGCUGCGGCAGCCCUUCUAAACAUGCGGGCGCCGGUCGCCUGGGUGUCCGGACAGCGCACGAGCUGCUGCGUCACUGUGAACAGGGCGACCCGUUCCCCACCGUACCUUCAUUCCUAAUAAAUUUCAUCGUUACGCACG